UUUGACCUUCUCUCCACUGUUAUGGAGAAAGGUUCUACUGCUAUGGCUACUUGGAACCGUAUCGCUUCUAUGUUUGAGGACAAUCAGAACUCCCGUGCUGUCGCCCUCGACCAGGAUUUCAUCUCCACUCGCAUGGAGGAUUUUCCUAAUGUUUCGGCCUAUUGUCAACGUCUGAAACAUAUCUCUGAUCAGUUGAGGAAUGUUGGUGCCCCUGUUAAUGAUCAUCGUCUUGUUCUCCAGUUGGUCUCUGGUCUCACUGGGCCUUUCCGUGGUGUUGCCACCCUGAUUCGUCAGAGUGAGCCUUUGCCUCCUUUCCUCAAGGUCCGCUCCAUGUUGAUUCUAGAGGAAUCUGGUCUCGCCAGGAUGUCAGGUCCGGCCUCUCAGACUGCUUUGCACACCUCUGCUUCCCGUCCACCGGCCUCCGUUGACUCCUCUCAGCAGCGCCCCACCUACCGCAGCGAUCAGGGCCACUCCAACCAUCGUUAUGGGUCAGGGCAAAAUCGCAAUUAUCAGGGUGGUUCUGGUAAACCUAGGAAGAAAGGUGACUCCCGUUAUCCUGGAUCAUCUGGCUCCUCUAGUUCCUCUGCUGCAUCUCCUCCACCCUGGCGCCCACCACCGCAGGCAUCCUGGAAUCCAUGGGGUUGGGCUCCUCCCCCUGGUUGGGCUCCUUCCCCUUGGGGCAUGCCUCCUUGUCCUUACCCCACAUCUCAGUGGUCGCGUCCCAUGGGUGUUCCGCAGCAACCCGGCGUUUUAGGUCCGCGUCCUCAGGCCUACACCGCUAUUGCUUCUCCAGCACCCACUGAUAUCGCUGCUGCCAUGCACACCAUGUCCUUGACUCCUCCAGACACCACGUGGUACAUGGACACCGGCGCCUCGUCCCAUACUGCGGCAUCUCAAGACGGGGAUGCCUCUCCUGAGAUGUAACAGCCUCGGCGACCUCUACCCAGUCACUCGUUCCUCUCCCUUUGCUGGUCUUGCUUCUAGUGUCUGGCACAAUCGACUUGGUCAUCCAGCUUCCUCAGCUUUAAAC